AUGGCAUCUCAGCUUCACUGUGUGUAUGGGAGAGACAACAGCUCGCCUGAGACCCUGACUCCUGUUGAAACCCGCUCCCACUUUGCUGCUCUGGAUGAUGUUCGUCUUCUGGCAAAUGGCCUCCUCCAGCUGGGUCAGAGCCUCAGGGAGUUUGUACACAAGACAAAGGGACAGAUUAACGACAUCUUCCAGAAGCUCAACAUCUUUGACCGCUCCUUCUAUCAGCUGUCGGUGCUGGCCAGUGAGAUCAAGGAAGAGGAGGAGGAGCUGAAGAAGACCACAGUGGUACUGCAGGCUAACAACGAUGAGAUCAAGACUAUGUCUCUGCAGAUGAGCUCCAAGAUGGACAGCAUUCUGGUGGAGAGGAACCAUCUACAGAACAAAGUGGGAGGCCUAGAGGAGAAGCUGAACAGUCUGACCAAGGGCCUGGUGACAGGCGAACAAGUGGGAGAGAUCAAUGCCCUCAAGGAGGUGAUCCACACCCAGGAGCAGAGCAUCACAGAGCUGCUGAGGGCUGUGAGAGAACAGAGUGACCAGCUGAACCACCAGAGGAUUAAGAUCAAGACUCUGGAGGAGAAGCUUACAGCCAAUACAUUUGCCCAAGAGACCAUUGAGAGGAUGCCUGACAUUUUUAACGAUGAAACACCUACCCUGACGCCUUAUCUGACCACAAACCGCACAGAUGGUAAGAUGUCCUGUCUGCCCUCAGACUGUAGUGAAGUGUUCAACAGAGGGGAGCGGAUCAGUGGUGUCUAUGCCAUCAAACCCAAUAGAUCUGAGCCCUUCAUGGUCUUCUGUGACAUGAGCAAAGAUGGUGGUGAAACAGUCAUCCAGCGAAGAAGGGAUGGUUCAGUGAACUUUGAUCAGACCUGGGAGAUGUAUGAAAAUGGAUUUGGAGAUUUUGAAGGGGAGUUUUGGCUGGGUCUCAGGAAAAUCCACACUCUGGCUACUCAGGGAAACUCUGUCCUCCACAUCCAGCUGGAGGACUGGAAACAGGGCAAACGCUUCAUUGAGUACAACUUUUACUUGGAGGGCCCUGAGAGCAAGUACACCAUUCAUCUCACUCAGCUACGUGGAGAUCUGCCUGAUGCCAUGACCAACCACACAGGCAUGAUGUUCUCCACCAAGGAUAAGGACAAUGACAACCACCAGAACUCCAACUGCGCCCAUAACUACACAGGUGGCUGGUGGUUCAACGCCUGCGGAGACACUAACCUGAAUGGGAGGUAUUUCCAUAUGAGGCCAAAGGGUCGCUUGGAGCGUAGGAGGGGGAUCCAGUGGAGGCCGAGUCGAAGGGCUUCUUUCUCGCUCAGAUUCACCCAGAUCUCUGUCCGCCCCAUGGCUGCCCUGAGCCGCAUGUCCUCUACGUCGACUUCUUCUGAGACAGGGGCCUUUGUCUGA